AUGAGCCAUAUGGUCCAUCCAUCCCAGCCUCGCGCUCACUCGUCCAGACCCACCACACCCCGCUCGAUAAUUUUGAAUCAUCGUCAGCGAGAGGGAGAAGGAGAAUAUGCACCCAGCUAUGCAUACGCGUCCUCUUCGGCAUCAACGUCGAGCCCACAGUCCAGCGCGUCCUCUGCUUGCGCGUCUUCCCCACGAUCCGCUGUUCUCUCACUUCUCCUCGAUGGAGAGGACACAGAAUAUCUACAUUCAUAUGGGCUAACAACUCCUCCGACGCCACCCAGACUUACUCUGCCCUCCGAGGAGGAACUCGACGUCCUCCCCUCGUACACUCCGAGCGUUCAGCUUCUGUCACUAUGUAGAAGGAAGAGGGUAUACACUUCGACGGACGUCAAAGCGCGCGACCGGAGAUGGCAACUUGUGUGGCUACUCUUGGACGGUACCGCGCUCAGGGUAUACGAACCAACUGCGGAGGAAGCCAGAGAUUUCGAAAGGCGGUGGAGAGAAAAGUAUCUCCCAAAGGAUGGCAAGCCACCGACAAACGCCGAAGUCGAUGAGUUGGAGGAUGUCGAUGCGUACGAGGCUCGAAGCCGGUCAUCUGGAAACGCAUCAUGCCCGAGACGAACCACACAACCUUCAACCACCCGAACGAGGAGCAACUCGACGGCAAAGACCGACUCUUCGAAUCAAACUCGCCUUGCCAUUCCUUCAUCUCUAUCACCACCAACAUCGUCCAACCCACAUCCAUCUAUCCCAAUAAUACUCUCUCGAAAACCGACCAAAUCCUACCCAAUCCGUCACAUCAAGUGUACUCGGCCGACAAACUACUUCAGACGUGCCUUCUUGAUCCAGCUGACAUUCGAAAACGGAAAGACGUUCUUGGUGCAACUCAAUAGCCAUCAGGAGACACUGGAUUGGCUGAACGCGGUCGCAGUCGCAGCUCCACUCGCCCUCGACCUCGAUGAGCGCGUCAUGGUCGAGGCAAAUCCUUUCCCACGGCAAAGAAGAGAGCAGCAGAUACAAGUAGAAGCUGUACUCGCAUAG